AUAAAAAACAACAACCUUUGGAUUAUAGGAGUCACAUUUAUAGGAGUCACUUCUGGCGUUAAGUAGGAAAUUGGAAUCCUGGCACUUUGUUCGCUUGGAUUAUAUAGUCUGAAUUUGAAUUACUUUACAACAUGAAAACGUUCACGAAAGUGCUGCUGGCAAGUGUAGCCGUUGUCUGGCUGGCUGCCAAGUGGACCGCACCGACUUUCAAUGCAGAAUCCCUCCGAGGUGCCAAAGUCUUGGUGACCGGCGCUAGCACUGGCAUUGGCGAACAAAUGGCUUAUCACUACGCCACCUUCGGGGCCCAGAUUGUCAUCACAGCCAGGAGGGAAAAAAUCUUACAGCAGGUGGUGGAAAAGUGUUUGAGCUUAGGAGCCCAGAAGGCCUUGUACAUUGCAGCGGACAUGUCCAGUGACACAGACCCAGAGAGGGUCGUAGAGUUUGCUGUGGAGCAGUUGGGAGGUCUGGACUACCUCGUUCUCAACCACAUCGGCUCUAGCCCCUUCAGCAUGUGGCAGGGAGAUGUAGAACACCUCGAGUGGCUGAUGAAGGUCAACUUCCUGAGUUACGCUCAGAUGGCCUGGAAAGGUUUCCCUGCCCUUGAGCAAAAUAAAGGCGCACUAGUGGUGGUUUCAUCCUUGCUAGGCAAGAUGGCCAGUCCCUUUGUGGCUCCUUACAUCUCAACCAAAUUUGCGUUGAACGGCUUCUUUGAGGGCCUUCGCCAUGAGUUGGCCCUGAAGAACAGCAACGUAUCCAUCUCCAUAUGCACGCUGGGCCUCAUUGACACUGACUCGGCCAUGGAGAAGGUCAAGGGGGUCACUAACCUACCGGCCUACCCUGCCAGUGAAGCAGCACUGAAAAUCAUCAUGACAGGAGCCACUGGAGAGCGGGAGCUCUUCUACCCUUGGUACACCUACAUCCUCACCCUUAGUAAAGACUUUUUCCCCUCCAUCAGGGACUACGUGGUGCUACGUUCUUACAACUACAUCCCAUAAGGACGACAUGAGUGUGACUUGUACUUUCAAGGCUAUACACUUCUAGUGGGGGCUCCGGUGUUUUGACUUGAUAUUUAAUAUGUAUACUUAUGUUAUUUGGGAUUAGACAAAAUUUGUCUAAAAUGUUCACUUUGUUCACAAAAUGUUGAGCUGUGUCCAUGAGGGUUUUAAUUUGAUCUACUGUACUUCAGAGAGGAGAAAUACUACUACCAAUACUACUAAUAAUGAUGAUAAUAAUAAUAAUAAGUGUCAGGCUUAGACAAAGGAAUGAACUAAGAUGCAGAGUAAGGAUACUUAGUAGGGCUUUUAUUUUGACCGCUCUUUUACCCCCAGAGCCAGAGAAAUACAAAAUCUGCUAAUAACAAAAACGAUCGACGAAAAAAGGUUCCAAAAACGGGAAUAACCGAGAAUCACUCCAAAAAGGAGGAAAAUACAAAAACGAAGACUGACUAUAAAUUGCGUCUUAUCUGCUAUGAAACUUAUCAACAUAAAACGCUUCAACAGGAGGAAGAAAACAAUUACUAUGAAAAUUUCUACACUUAAUCUCAAUCUAAUAAUGGUAAACAAAAAAAAUCACUCCAAAAAUUUGAGAAAAGAAAGAUAAGUAGGAAAAAAUAAUAACUCACCACUUCGGUUGAGAAAAAGUAAAUAACACAAUUCACUCUACUAUGGAGGAGAAAAAGCCAAACUCAAAAUAGCAGCGUGGGAAUUCAGGGCUUGGACAUAGACAUGGAAGCAAGACAGGCACGAAAACUCGAGACAAUCUGACACAGAACAAAGGGAGGCAUGGGCUUGUAUGACACAUGAGGGUAAUGGGAAACAGGUGGAAACAAUCAGGGGUCAGGGAUGAAGUCAGACUGGUGACACAAGAGGAAGGGGCAAGUGAUCUGAAACAAGAGGAGUGGCUUUUCAAAAUAAAACAUACAAUUCACAAGACAAAAAAAAAACCAAUACAAUAAGUGUUAAUGUGGCUUGGGGAUGUUUGCUGUUUGAGAGGCCCUACAGCAAGGAUAAGUUGCAAAAUCAAACUAAAAGGGUUUUUGUUACAUGGAUAAAAAGAUGAUGGCCUGAGACGGAUAAAAUAUUGUGAAAAAAUGCCACUCAAUUUGGGUUUUCUCUGGUUGUCUCAUCUCCUUUGGUGAUGGCAAUGUUAUUGGUUUUAUUUGUUUCGGACCACAAAGUUUUACAUGGAAAAAUUAUACAAAAAAGGAUUUUAUCAGAGAUUAUGGUGAAAUAAACAAUAUGUAGAGGAAAUAAUGAAUACAGAAAAUACUGGUAUUAGUAUAGUACCGUGAUACUAUUGAAUCAUAUUCGGUACUAUACCACCUCAAAAAAGUUGCAUCACAACAUCAUCUUUCGUUUUUUUUUUUUUUAUUUAUAUUGUGUUUAUAAACUCAGUAAAUAUGUCCCUAGACACCUGAGGACUUGAAUAUGACCAAUAUAUGAUCCUGUAACGACUUGGUAUCAGAUUGAUACCUAAAUUUGUGGUAUCAUCCAAAUCUAAUGUAAAGUAUCCAAAUAACAAAGGAAUAAGUGAUUAUUACAUGUUAACAGAAGUGUAGAUAGAACAAGUUAAAAGAGAAAGUAAGCAGAUAUUAACAGUAAAUGAGCAAAUAGAUUAAUAAUUAAUUUUCUACCACUUGCCCUUAAUAAUGUUGACAAAAUAAUAGAAUGGAAAAUGACACAAUAUGUUCCUGCAUAUUUCAGCAGCUAAAAUAGGAGCCUUUUUUUGUUUACUUACUAAUAAAAAACAAGUUGUCUUUUAUGUUCACUAUUUUAUUUAAGGACAAACUUGCAAUAAGAAACAUAUGUUUAAUGUACCUUAAGAUGUUUUGUUAAAAUAAAGCCAAUAAUGCAAUUUUCUGUGGUUCCUUUUAUUUAGAAAAGUACCAAAAAGUAUCGGUAUUUUGGUACCGGUACCAAAAUAUUGGUAUUGGUAUUAGUAUCGGAACGACACAAAAAUAAUACACACAUGAAAUAAAUGAAAAAGUUUAAAACAAUAACUUAUAAUAAUUUAAAACAAAAAAAGCUUACUCAUUGCAAAUUAGACAAACCCAAAGUUUAAAAUAUUUAGUCUUUCAGUACCUUUCAAAAGAGAGUACAAAACCUCACAAUCCCGCAAACAUUUUAUUUUAUCUUUCCUUGGAACAACAAUGAAGACACAAUAUUUUCAUACAGUCUAAAUAAGUCCGUGUAUAACUUGUGAAACAAUGUAAACUUAAAGGAAGUCAACACACAGCAAUUCAACAACAAAAGUAAAAAUGUCCAAAUUGGACCCCCUUAGCCAUUUUUUUCCUCUACGGUGUCAUGUGACCUGUUAGUGUUACAAGGUCUAUGGUGAAAAAUAAGGUGUUAUAUUCCGUAAUAAAGCAAAAAUAUUGGCAACA